CGCUCAGCCAAAAAUGUUAAAAGUGUCACACUGAGAAAACCUUGCAAACUAUUUUGGGCCUUACGAAGAAGAGUAGUUUGUAUAAAAAAGUAUUUUGAGCAUACGUAAGCUUACAAAGAAAAUACUUCGUAAUUUACGAACUAUUUCUUCGUAUAACAAAGUAUUUUCGUUUGUUAUACGUAUGCUCAAAAUACUUCGUAAGGUUUUAAGAGUGCACUAGAUGCCCUACCCUCCUUUUCAAUUAACUUUUGAAAAUUUAUUAAACGUGGGUGUCAAUGCAUUCUUCGCACUUGGGCGGGAGAAACAUCGCACUGUUAGAAUUCGUCAAGUAUAGUCAUCAUGCAUUAUACUGUAAACAUUCCAUACCGAUGUCUAGUCAGCGAUUAAUAAUUCCUGGACCUCAGUUAGGCAGGGCGUUCCGAACGCAACAUUUCCCAACCGCAAGCUGUGCACAGCACUUCAGUGACAAAGCAAAUCUGACCGAAUCUCUUACCGCUUUCAGGUGUGUCUGGCGAUGAUGUUCGCAGUGAUGGUGCAGAUCGUUGCAUCGUCUUCCGUUCUGUUACGGACGGACAGCGUCGAAACGUCCCGCGACGACCUCCCCUCUACCACAGAACCAGCAGUGACGAAUGUCGGGGUGGAAUACACUACCCCCAUGCAGGAUGCAGUGGCCCCUCAAGACUCCCUUGAUGCUGAAUCGGAAGACUUCGAAGACGAGACAUAUCUGAUUAAGUUCGAAUCCGCGGCCCUGGACGGCCCCGACGCGGCCCCGCUGCCCCGCUGGGAGGCCCAGAGGCUGCACGGCGAGGCGCCCGGCCGCGUGCGCAGGGACUCCAUCGUGGUGCGGCCGCUGGAGGUGACCCGCAGCCGCGGCUCGCUCACCUCGAGGCAGAGGGACGCGAAGAAGAAGCGCGGCCGGGAGCAGCGGCCCGGCGCGGCGCAGUGAGGGCGAGGGGGGACGCACGCCAGCCUUCGCCGACCAGCAGAACUGGAGCAGCUUCCGUUAACACAGGAAUGCCUCCUCAGCGCAAGAACAAGCCUAGCAGGACCGAAGCAGAACAACCCGACCACCUGUAACCAGAAGUGUACCUCAAUCAUCAAGACUCACCCCGGAAGGCAAUCACAUUAUUGUUUCUUUUAGCAGAGGGCAAUCACAUUAUUGUUUCUUUUAGCAUAUUGUAGGGCAAUCACAUUAUUGUUUCUUUUAGCAUGUUGUAGGGCUAUCACAUUAUUGUUUCUUUUAGCAUAUUGUAGGGCAAUCACAUUAUUGUUUCUUUUAGCAUAUUGUAGGGCAAUCACAUUUUUUGUUUCUUUUGGCAUAUUGUAGGGCAAUCACGUUAUUGUUUCUUUUAGCAUAAUGUAGGGCAAUCACUUUUUUGUUUCUUUUAGCAUAUUGUUAUUUUUUAAGAAAUAGUUUAAGUUUUUACUUUUAUACAUUGAUACUAGAAUAAACACAUAGUAAGCAGCA